GCGGAAUGACAUGCAGCCAUUUUUGACCGUAUUCAUCAAGCCCUUCCCCCCCUUCAGCAUCUUUAGCAGGACGGCGAAGAAAGCUGGAGCGGGACAACGGAUGCCAAUCGAAAGGAGACUUUACCGAAGAUGGCCUCGCCAAGAACCAUAACCAUUGUCGCCCUUUCUUUUGCGCUGGGUCUGUUCUUCGUGUUCAUGGGUACAAUUAAACUCACGCCAAGGUUAAGCAAAGAUGCCUAUAGUGAAAUGAAAAGGGCGUACAAGAGUUAUGCAAAGGCCCUUCCAGCAUUGAAAAAAAUCGGUGUUUCUUCUGUACUUCUACGCAAGAUUAUUGGUACUCUUGAGGUGGGAUGUGGAAUUGUUCUGACCCUUGUGCCAGGGAGACCAAAAGACGUGGCCAACUUUAUUCUGCUGCUGGUCAUGCUAGCGGUGCUUUUCUUCCACCAGCUGGUUGGAGAUCCUCUAAAACGCUACGCUCACGCCCUGGUGUUUGGUAUUUUGCUGACGUGUCGGCUGCUCAUUGCUCGUCAGGGUGAGGACCGGCCUGAGAGGGAGGAGAGACGAGAAGAGCAGAUCACUGCCCAGGAAAAAAACAAAGUCAAAGUUUCUUAGCUCCACAGUUUCACAGAGAGCGCCAGGCAGCAGAUCUGAUUCUCUGGAUAGUAGAGAAGGUGCUCGGAAAAAAAGACAGUAGUCCCAAAAGGUGAUUUAUGUCCCACAGCUACAUAUCAGCAGCCUGAAAACCAGAUGUUAUGUUACCUUUACCUCAUGUCUCACCUGUAAAACGUCUGAUUUAAAAUGCUAAUUUUCAAUUUGGACAAUCACCAUUGUGGCAACUGUUUUGGUUGUGGUUUUGCAACAUAAAAUUAAACUACUGUAAUUCCCUGCUGUAUUUAUUGUUAUUGUUCUUUUGGCCCUGCAUUGAACAACAUAAAAAAAUGCCACAGAUCAUACAGGUUUCUUCAAAUGUCAACAAUUUUUGUGAUGUUUUAUUUACUUUUGAACUACUGUCAAUGAAUACUAUAUAAAGCCGGUUCUGUUUAUACUGAGAUAGAUUUUUGUUUUAACUAUUAUUAUUAUUAUUAUUAUUAAAAAAUGCUAUACACAGUUUGUUAAAAUGGCAGAUGGUGGCAUUUCUGUUGCCUCGAAAUCUGUUACAAAAUCAAAACUGAAAACAUAACAGCAUACAUUUGUUCAGAUACAUGUAAGUUCUGCAUAUUAUUACUGUUUUUUUAAUUUGAGUAUGGAAAUGUUUCUUUGUUUAUUUUUAUCAAAUUUGAUUUUCUAGCUUGUCUCUUGAAAAACAGUCUAAUAAACAUCGUACCAUUGGAUUCUUAUUGUUGAUUUCUCCUUUUGAGUGAUAAAAGUACCACGUUAUUUUACUCUUUUUCUUACUAAAAUGGAUCCCCCCGUCCAUUUUCUAUCUACUGUAUUUUCUUUAGAUCAGUUUGUUCCUUUAUACUGUUCCUGAAAAUUCAGCACUGCUCAUUUGAGGCGUCUUACUAAUUUUACAUACUUAAUUCAAGAUAUGCAUCACUGCUAAUAAACCGAAUAGAUCAGGUGUGUCAAAUAAGUGAUACAUUCAAAAUGCACAGUGCUGGAAAGAGGUAGAAUUGAGAAACUUGUCUGAUAUGUUUGGAUGUAUGCUGAUAAUUUGCUGUUUGUAAGUGAGUAAAGAUACCUAACAGAUUGUGAUCGGUGUCCAAACCUUUACCAGAAUGCCCGGCUAGUUCAUGGACUGAAUUGUGCGUUCUUAGUUUACACAGAAUGGGUCAUAUUAUACUCUUGACAGUGAGGGAAAAAACUGAUGUUUGUGCAUGCAGAAUCUGACAAUAAAACCUCUAUGCAGUUUA